CUUCCAGGCUUCCAGUUGUUUCCCCUCUUUGCCAACCUCUUCCGCGUUGCUUCUGCUUGACUUCACUCUCACCCAUCACUAUAUAUAAUCUCUUCUCAUUCUUUGCUUCUUCAUUCCAAUCCUCGUUUCUUCUUUAGAUCUCUUUUGUGUCCCUCAAUUCGAUUUUUUCAUGCCAUCAAAUCUAUCAAUGGCUUCUAUUGUUUCUGCUAAUUUCUUACUCCAGCUACUGCUGUUUGUCUCUCUAUUCCAUCUCAACUUGGCAGCGAGACUGCUUACUCAAUCCACUGAAACCCAGCAAACCCUUCAGUUCCAGUACCAUAAUGGGCCUCUUCUUACUGGCAAAAUUUCUAUGAAUUUGAUAUGGUAUGGCAAGUUUAAACCUUCUCAACGCGCAAUUGUCUCUGAUUUCAUUGCCUCCCUUUCAUCUCCUAAGCCGGCAAUAGCCCAACCCUCUGUCGCCACUUGGUGGAAAGCCACCGAGAAAUACUACCAUCUCAUCAAAUCUCAGAAAGCUUCUUCUCUUGCCCUCUCUUUGGGUACCCAGAUCUUAGAUGAGAGCUAUUCAUUGGGCAAAUCGCUCUCCAAUAAACAAAUUUUUCAAUUAGCAUCGAAGGGUGGCCAAAAAGAUGCUAUUAAUGUGGUUUUAACUUCAGGUGAUGUAUCAGUUGAGGGGUUCUGCUCUUCUAGGUGUGGCACUCAUGGCUCUUCAAUGGCUGCUGAAAAGAUCAAUGGCAAGAACUCCAAGUUUGCUUAUAUCUGGGUUGGUAACUCAGAGACUCAAUGCCCAGGUCAAUGUGCUUGGCCAUUCCAUCAGCCUAUUUAUGGACCACAGACCACACCCUUGAUUUCACCCAACAAUGAUGUAGGUCUUGAUGGUAUGGUCAUCAAUUUGGCUAGCCUUUUAGCUGGGACAGCCACCAACCCGUUUGGAAAUGGUUACUUCCAGGGUCCGAAGGAGGCUCCUCUAGAAGCAGCAUCGGCUUGUACUGGGAUAUAUGGUAAGGGAGCCUAUCCUGGUUAUGCUGGGGAUCUCUUGGUGGACUCAACAACUGGUGCUAGCUACAAUGCACAUGGUGUCAAUGGCAGGAAAUACCUACUCCCAGCUUUGUUUGACCCUUCAACCUCAACCUGCUCUGCUUUGGUUUAAAAAACGCUUGAUAUAUGCAUACUUGUUUGUAUCAUAUAGAUAAUUUAAUUCUUUGAUUCUUUGUACUUUAUCAAGGAGUAGCAUCCAAUAUGCAAGUUCGUUUCCAUAUGUAUACAUAAAAUUCAGUUAUUGAUAUUGCAAAACCUUUUUCUUC